AUGGGUCUUCAACGGACCCAUCAGCAAGCGCAUACUGUUGAGUCUAUCCGCGAUGCAAUGGAGCACGCGAAAAUGGCAAGCUUACUGUAUCAUGAGCAGGAUAUGAGCGUGGCUAGGAGUGUCAUAGCAUCAUACUUUGCGGUGUUUGAACCUGAUCUUGUCCGUGAGCGUAAGGCAUGUCGCCUUCGAAGAAGGCGAUUCUGGGCCGCUGGUGUGAAUGACUUGUUUGCAGUCGAUCAGCACGAUAAAUGGCUCAAGUUUGGUCUGGGGCUGCACACGGGUAUUGAGCCGUUCUCUGGCCGCAUUAUGUGGAUCCGAGUCUGGCACUCUAACAGAAAUCCGCAGUUGAUUCUUACCUAUUACCUUGACACGCUUGAGGAACUUGGCCAUAUGCCUAUGGUAACACAAAGCGACCCUGGUUCUGAGAAUUUCGGCAUUGCAAACGCCCACACCAUGUUGCGGCAAUGGCAUGACCCAGCUUUGCAUGGCACACUCCAGCAUCGCUGGAUGCGAAGCAAGAAAAACGUCAUGCCUGAAAUUACGUGGUCUCAACUGUGUCACUGUUUCACCCCAGGGUUUGAAAACCUACUAGAUCAUGGUGUUAACGCGGGCUGGUAUGAUACUAACAAUACCAUUCAACGGGAGCUGGAUGCCUAUCGGGAUCGCGUCAAUAACUCCAUGAAACGGCGCGACCGCAACAAGAUUCUCCCACACGGCGCAGCCGAAGACUUCGGCGCCUUGGAUUUCAAGAUUAAACUUGAACCAGAGGCUUUAGACCAUGUACAAAGUGCCUACAUCAAGCCUUCACAUCCAGUAUUUGAUCUGGUUCCCGAGGCGUUUGGAGAAUGUAUCUCGCACUUCUAUGAUGAAUUGGGUCGCCCAGCAGUUACACGGCAAUCAGCUUGGGAGAUUUAUCUUCAGUUGUUGGAAAUGUUGCAGCGCGCUGAUGAGCUGCCUCCGCAGAUCGAGCUCCUAGACGGCGAAGAUGAAGAAGUUAUCCCACUUUUGGACAAUUAUGAGGACCUACCUGCACGCGAGGAAUCCAACGACGCAUAUUAUUUCUCAGACUGUGAAGAUGACGAUAGUUUCGCAGAUGAAUGGUAG